CAGAAGAAAAAAAAUUCCUGACAGUCGCCAUGAUGCUUGUUUUGUCCCUGUGAUACAGCAGCGGAAACGAGUGAAGCAAGUAGACACAAAAGAGAGCACGCACACGUUCUCGCGAUUUGGUAUGCGUUUGCAGUGUUACAGCAGGAAUGCCCAAAGAAAAAUAUGACCCGCCAGACCCCAGGCGGAUGUACACCAUCAUGUCAACUGAGGAGGCAGCCAAUGGAAAGAAGUCUUACUGGCCUGAGCUGGAAAUCACUGGUAAUGUCAGGAGCCUGAGUCCGUCUCUGUGGACUCUGACCCACCUCACUGCCCUACACAUCGCUGACAACUGUCUGUCACGCAUCCCACCCGACAUUGCCAAACUACACAACCUGUUGUACCUGGAUCUAUCGUCCAAUAAGAUCAGGAGCCUGCCUGCAGAGCUCGGCAACAUGGUGUCUCUCAGGGAACUGCUUUUAAAUAACAACCAGUUGCGGGUUCUGCCAUUCGAAUUGGGGAAACUGUUUCAGUUACAAACACUGGGGUUGAAAGGAAACCCACUUGCACAAGAAAUCAUGAGCCUGUACCAGGAGCAUGAUGGCACCAGGAAACUGCUCAACUACCUGCUGGACAAUCUGGCAGGUUCAAUCAAAUGCACCCCCACAGAGCAGCCCCCGUCCCGGUCGUGGAUCGCACUCCAGGAGCCUGACCAGACGAGGCCUUCUGCAUUGUUCUCUGUAAUGUGCUACAACGUGUUGUGUGAUAAGUACGCCACACGCCAGCUCUAUGGCUACUGCCCCUCCUGGGCCCUCAACUGGGAGUACAGGAAGAAGUCCAUCAUGCAGGAGAUCAUGAACUGCAGCGCUGACAUCAUCAGCCUACAGGAAGUGGAGACAGAGCAGUACUACCAGUACUUCCUGCCAGAGCUGAAGGAGCAGGGCUACGAGGGCUUCUUCAGCCCCAAGUCUCGAGCCAGAACCAUGCAUGAGUCAGACCGCAAACAUGUUGACGGGUGCGCAGUAUUCUACAGGACAGAACAGUUCAGCGUGGUGCAGAAACAUACGGUGGAGUUUAACCAGCUGGCCAUGGCUAACUCUGAGGGCUCUGAGGCCAUGCUCAACAGGGUCAUGACCAAGGACAACAUCGGGGUGGCUGUACUGCUGGAGGUCCGCAAGGAGAUGAUGGAGGAAUCCUCGGGGAAGUCUCUGCACGGCAUGGAAAAACAGCUCCUACUGGUGGCCAACGCUCACAUGCACUGGGACCCGGAGUACUCCGACGUCAAGCUGGUCCAGACCAUGAUGUUCCUGUCUGAGGUGAAGAACAUCGUGGACAAGGCCACGCGCAGCCUCAAACUCUCCUCUGUCUCUGGGGAGACCAACAGCAUCCCUCUAGUGCUUUGUGCCGACCUCAACUCUCUACCAGACUCUGGUGUGGUGGAGUAUUUGAGUCAAGGUGGAGUGGACUGCACCCACAAGGACUUCAAGGAGCUGCGCUACCUCGACAGCCUCACCAACUUCAACUGCAACGGCAAGAACGGCAACUCCACAUCCAAUUCCAGGAUCACCCACGGCUUCAAGCUGAAGAGCGCCUACGAGGACAGCCUGAUGCCUUACACCAACUACACCUUUGACUUCAAGGGUGUGAUUGACUACAUCUUCUACUCCAAGCCUCAGCUCAACGUGUUGGGCAUCCUGGGUCCACUGGACUCCAACUGGCUCCAUGAGAACAAUAUCAGCGGCUGUCCGCACCCCCACAUCCCCUCUGACCACUUCUCCCUGUUCACCCAGCUGGAGCUGCUGCUGCCCAGCACCCUGCCCCAUGGGCAGGUCAACAACCAGGUCAACGGCAUCCACCUGCCUGGAGGCCGCAGGUAGUGGUGAGGCACCACCAGGGUGCGCUGUGAUCUGGUCUUCAGCCUCUCCCCUCAUCUUCAAUCUGAGGGAGGAAGACAACAGGCACCAUCCUGUAAAAUAAGAAUCAGCCAUACAGUGAGGUCUGGCCGACAGGGAUUUCUGUUAUUAUAGAUAUAUAUUUUUAUUUUCCUCAUUGUCGUUUUGAUUUUGAUAAUGCUAAAGUAAAUCCUGUCUGUCCAUUAUAUUAUCUUGUGUUUUGGAUCCCCCUCCCCUGUCAUUCUUACCCAUAAUGCUUUUGUAACUCUUUAACAGAUAGAAAGGAUGGUAGCAUCCAAUAUCACAAUGUCCCCUUGGCCCAUUAUAGAUAUUUUGAGAUUUACUUUUAGCAAUACCACCAGACUCUUGUUGUCUUUGACAUGACCUGUGCAGUCUUGAACGAUGACACAAGAAAAACCCUGUAUCACUUGAGAGCUGGACACACUUAAUGAUGCAAGGAGAGAAAGGACACCACUUCUAAAGCUCCCAGCUGAUGGUCUGUCCUAUACCAAUCUCAAACCAGCAAAAACGGCAUUAGACCGGUCUGUCUGACUCACCCUACCAGCCAAGGCUCGGGGUGGUCCUUCGCUUUUCUCUCUCCCCUGGGCUCAAUGUGAUGGUGCUUAGAUAUCUAUGGUAGAUAUCUACCAUAUAGCAUCCCGUAGGAGAGAGUAGCGCUCCUCCUCUGUGCUACAGGGCCCAUCUCUGUGGGUCCAAGACUGUGGUGCUCACCUGGUGCUACCAGUCCACUGCGUUGACUAAUAGAACUGUCUGUUGUCUCCCUGUCCAAGUGGUGCAAUUGAAACCAACCCCACUGGUGCAUUAAGACUGCCACUGCUGAGGUUUUUAGACGUAUUGUUAUCCUUUAGGACUACUGCAACCACCAAAUACACUUGUCUGGACCCACGUGUGGCAAGCUUAGCUCUAGGCUUGCCGGUCAGGCAUAGUGCUAGAAACAUCUGGGUUCUCUGGACUGAAACCAAAUGUAAUUAUUUUUAGUUGCAUAACAUGUUAGUGGCCAUCCCCUUUUGCACACUGUUACCUCCUGUAUGCGUACGCGACAGUCGUGAACUUUGUCUUGUUAAUGACUUCAUUUGGACCAGUUACCACCUUUCGUAAUAGGGAAUGGGGUUUUGGCUGAGGGGCAAGGCAAUAUGUGGGGGGGGGGGAAUUUUUCAACUUUAUUUUUUCACAUAGUUUGAUGCUUUUUAAGCAGAGGGUUUACAGGAAUUUAAACCAGCAAUCCUCUCACAGUCUGACACACACAUCUUGUAGCACUGUCUCUUGAGGCCAGUAGUGACUUCCCCCAGCCAUAAAUUCCGUACUCUACAGCAGUGUUUUUUUUUUCACAAGUGUUUGUACAGAAUAUAAAUGUAGAUUCAGUCUUUACAUGAUUGUAUAUGAGCCACUAAAGACCUGUUUUCUGGCGGUUUUUGUACUUCGAGUAAAUUAUGAUCCAAUUUGAGGAAAAGACAGGAUUGUAUUGUAAACUAUGACUAAAUUUUUAUCCAGGAAAUGUUAAGAUGAAUUCAAAUUACCAGCUUGUACAAAAGACGUGAGGGGUUGUUCCGUGCGUUCGCUGCCGCUACUUAGCACUCCCGCCCUAGGUUAACUGUCAAUAUUGAUUGUUUUCCUACUGUCGUUCAUGAUUGAGACCAUGUUGCUCAGAUUGUAAAUAGAUCUACUGACUGACUAAACCUCCUGAUGCUUCUCACCCAUUCUAUUAACAAGCCAGCCUGCCACCAACCCAACCUACCAUUCAUCCAUUCACAGUUCAGGCCAAAGUAAGACCAGGGUCCGUAUCCACAAAGCCUCAUAGUAGGAGUGCUGAUCUAGGAUCUGUCCAUAUAUUAUUCAUUUCGAUCUAUAAGGCAAAACUGAUCCUAGAUCAGCCCUCUUGCACUGAGAUACUUUGUGGAUGCCGGCCCAGGUCUCCAAAAACACCUUAUUCCCUUCAGUGCACUGCUUUUGACCAGUCCUAUGUGGCUCUGGGCAAGAGUGCAUUACAUGGGAAUUAAGGUGUCAUUUCAGAGUUAUCCUAAGUGAUUAUUUACAUUUUUACAUUUUAGUCAUUUAGCACCUCAACUAUCCCAUAAUUCCAGUGUUGUACAACCGCAACAUUGUGCCUCACCAUUGCAGGUUGUCGUCUUGCACUAUUUACAGUCGGUGAACGCCGGAGCAACCUCUUCUGUUUAUUUUUAAAUACUGUCGAGACAUUUGUGAAAAUUUUAUGUCCUUUUGGUUUGUUAUGUUUGGGAUUUUCUUUUUUGUAUGAGCUGUGUUAUGAUGUGUGUAUAUACCUCCUUGGUGAGCGAUCUAGUAAUCAGGUAUGGAAUAUUUGUUGAGAUUGAGUUUUUUUUUUGGGGGGGGGGGGUAAACUAAGACCUCUUGUAAACCCCCUCAGUUCCAUAAUGUUUUGCACCCUCCUUGUACUCUAGCCCUGAGCCUCUCUCUUGACCCUGCCCCGGCCUCCACCGCUGAUCUGAAUUCUGAAUCUACAAAAGCAUGUUCCCCUAUAAACCCCCCCCAGCCCCAUGUCUUACCCCCUAAACACAACAGUCAAGUGUAUUACUUUAGUCCUGUCUUUUUAACCCCUCUACUGAAGCCUCUGUAUGGUUCCAUCCACCCUGAUACCAUCUGUAGGGCAGCCUGUGAGGUGGCCCACACAGACAGACAUGUUGCUAUUAUCUAUCCCUGUUUUGUUACCGCCGGGACCAAAACAUGAAAUAUGUCAAUGGUGGGUGACUGUUGCAACUGUUUUUUUAACAGGAAAUGUAAUGAUGCACACUUAUGAUAGUUUCCCCUUCUAUCCCACAAUUAUUUGUCAAUGAAAUAAAAUAUGAUCGCCUUUUAAAGUAAAUUUGAUACUUAAGCCACCGUGCUAAAGUUAGAAUUUUAUGUAUUUUUACAGAGGGGAAAAGGUUGAAAUAGGAAAUAUAAAUGUGUCCUUGUUUAAAAGCUUUUUUCUGUCCCUACUUCCCCCCUUGAUAUGUUGUUUUAUUUGUUUUGAACAGAAACCAAUGUGUCUGGUUUGAUACCCCUGAAUUGCUGAUAGUAUUGUAGUAGAUUUAAAGACUUAGCUUUUUUGUAAAGUGUGAAUAAAAUAUGUAUCAUGUUUCCUUUCUAAAAUGUUGAAUUGUGUUUUUAAUGUGUAUAUUCUACGAUUGCUACAUUGUUUUCACUUUUACUCAUUGCUUUUCCAUACCUCAUCCAACCUCCAACAACCAAAUUAUUCUCUUUUUGGUAGAUUUCUUUUUUUUUGGACAAAUACUGUAGACUUGGUCGACUUUGAGUCGCUCUAAAACUGGAUUCAGAAUGCUUAUUGAAGGAAAAAUUCCUAAGAGUAAUAUACCUUUCCAAAUGUGAAUAUUGAGAAAAAAAUAUUCCCCCGCUUCUUUUUUGGGAUUGUCGCUUAGGCUAUUGUCUUAGACCAGGGUAGCCUUUCUUGUCUUACUAGCCGAUGAUUCAGUUGUAGACCGCACUAUUGUUGACUGGUGUGAAACGAGUGUAAAACUAAGCUAAAGACGUUGUGCUGGUAGAUGGACUGGUCCUGUGAUGAGAGUACUAUUUGGUCCAGCUCACUGUGUUCUUGUUUCACAGUGGUUAAACGUAGUAGUUCGCCAAGCCUCCUAACCCUCACUUAGUGAACUCCCAGCAUUGGUUUCUAUGACUGGAGAAAGGAGGGGGAAGAACACAGCUUGAUGUCUCCAUGAGCUUUGGUUAGUUAGUGAUCACUCUAGAACGCUGUACUGUUUUUACUGUUGGCUUCUUGGUGUUGUAUAGGACUCUGACUGUGCUUCCUGUCUAGGUGUUUUUACUGUUUGCUUCUAGGUGUUGUAUAGGACUCUUACUGUGCUUCCUGUCUAGGUGCACACCAAAGCUGCUUUCCCUGUCAAAUGUAAAGCACCCUAUUUAACCUUCUAUACAGUACAUCCAAAUACCACUGGCAUGACUUGUAGGGCUGUAAGGAAAGGAAGUACUUCCCUUAAACAACAUGACCGUUGCAUUUGUCCAUGUCAAAAUGAGUUUGGCUUUCAAUAGUCCUAAUUUCAGACAGGUCAUUUCCAUUUCCCAGAAAGUUGGCAAUAAUACCCCAGAAAGUCAUUAAGAAAAUGUUUUAUUUGGGAACGUACCUAAUACCUUUUUGUCACCCAUUUUUCAACUACUUUUCCUGUUAAACCGAGGGCAAUUUCCGCUGAUUCCUUCCACCUCACUAACCAGCACCCCAUUCCAGUAUUUUCUCUCUCCAUCUUGUAUAUUUAUGCUUCACCCUCCUCCCUGCCGAUAGUGGUGGUAGUUUGAUGGUCAGGAUUGUCAAUCCGUAGCUAGCAGAGUAGUACAUACACUGUACAUACACACUGGACCAACUACUUGUUUACCAUUCAUGGAAUACCAGCAAAAAACACUGGCACAAUGUUCAAAGAAUGUUCAAAAGAGAUAAUAAAAUCAAGGCAGCUGUUUUUAAACAACACAUUUAAGCGACUGAAUGGUAAACAAGGUUUUUUUCUGUAUUCUUUACCGUUCUUUGUUUGACUGUCUUUGGACUAUUUUCUGUUUAACACAUUUGGCUUGUUUUCUUUGCUCCUACCUACCUAUGUAUUUUCCUACUUCUGGUUGAAAAUAAAUUCUAACACUGUUUGAA